UUCUUCUAUCUCUUCUCAUACUCUUACAUAUAAUUCUUCCUCUCUCUCUUCCCAUAUUCUUUCUAUCGUUUGAGAGUUUUGGUAUGCUUGAGAAAAAUAAUAUUUAUUUAGAUUUGGGUAAAAGAAAAAUGACAAAAAAAGAGAGAUUCUUCAUUGUGAAAUAGAGCUGGAUUUUAGAUAGGGUUUUGAAAUACAUAUGUUUGAUGCUUUCAAAUUUGAGCGCAAUUUUAUAUAUAUCAUUUUUGGAAUUUUUCUAUAUUGACCAUCUUCUUCAUUUCUUUCUCUAACCCUCUAUUUUAGUCACUUUAUCACCAUCAUUAAAUAACAAAAUUUAUAAUAAAAUACCAUAACAAAGCUUUACUUGUCUCUAAUUCCUCUUCAACACAAAGAAAAAAACAAAGAAAAUAAAAUAAGAUCUAAAUAGCAAAAUAGAUGAAAGAUUGGGAAGAGAAGAAAAAUUGAAAAGAAAUCGAGAAAAAAAAAGCUUUGGAGAUGAGUUUGAAUUUUUUUUUAAAUAUAUUAUUUGUAAUAAAAAAAAUGAUAAUUUAUAUCUGAUGUGAAUAGUAAUGUGUUAUCUAUAUUAGCGCGAUUGAAAGACAAACAUAAUCAAAGAAUUUUAAAAUAAUGUAUUUUAAUAACUUUAAGUGAUAAAAUCACAGAAGGCCAUAUAUAUAUAUAUAUUUAAAUUCUCCAUUUGCUUAAAGCGGCAUAGAGAAGAGCAGAUUCACUUUUUUGCUUCGCUUUGCUUCACUACACUUUUGCUUUGAUUCUUCACAGGCUAGGGUUUUGCAGCGACAAAGGUGAGAUAAAAGACAUCACUUGAUCUCUUCUUAUUUUGUUCAUUUGCUACACACUUUCUCGGAUUGACAUGUUGUUGGGUACUUUCUUGGCUUUGCUACCUUCGUCGAAAAGUUUAAAGCCCUUUGAGAGGGAAAGCAAAAUGAGCAGAAUUGCAAGUUUGGAGUGUACAACCACCAUUACCUGAGUACUUCACUGGAACAUAUGUGAUUAUUGGGGAAACAAGGUAAUCAACCUCAGGGAACUCAUAACCAGCUUCUGGGGCUUCAAAUGGUUUUUUCUGUAGAAGUUGCAUGAUGCAGUUAUUUAUGUUGGGUUAAUACCCAUUCUGGCUGUUAAUUUGUUACUUUAGGAUAUGUUCUGCAGAUGUUUGUGAACAUUAUGGGAAUAUAGAAUUAGGAAAUCGAAGACUAUCGAGAAUUAGAGAUUCCACUUCCUAGCUGGAUCAGGAAAAAAUCCUCUGAGAUGGCUGAAUCAUGGUUCUUAUUACUCUCUUGUUUCAUUGCUGGUUUAAUUGGAAUUCUCACUAUCUUUUAUACAGCUUUCCAAUGGAGAAGGAACGUAAACAUUAGUUGGAUGAAAGCCAUAGCUAGGUCAAAGAAAAACCCGAAAGCCAAGUAUAAGGUCCCUGUAGCUCCUCAUACUUGGACUCUGGAAUCCAUAUCUCGAGGGAAAAGUUUAAAUUGCUGUGUCUGCUUACAGUCCAUGUCUCCAUCUCAAACUCUUGGACCGAUGGUGGCGUCAGAGAGUUUUUUUAAUUGCUGCAUCACUUGUGGUGCAGCAGCUCAUCUUAGUUGCUCAUCGAGUGCUCUUAAGGAUUGCAAAUGUGUAUCAGUGUUUGGAUAUAAGCAUGUGGUACAUCAGUGGGCAGUUCGGUGGACAGAGAUAGCAGAUCAACCAGAUGAAUCCUGUUUCUGCAGCUACUGUGAAGAGCCGUGCAGCAGUUCAUUUCUUGGGGGUUCCCCUGUAUGGUGUUGCUUAUGGUGUCAGCGCCUGGUUCACAUUGAUUGCCAUGCUAAUAUGUUCAAUGAAACAGGUGAUAUUUGUGACUUUGGCCCUUUCAGAAGGCUUAUUUUAUCGCCUCUUCAUAUCAAAGAGUCAACUGGGACAUCCUCUGGUGGACUGCUGAGUUCUAUCACACAAGGAGCCAAUGAGAUUGCAUCUUCAGUACGUGCUAGUAUUAGAAGUCAAAGCAAGAAAUACAAACACAAACACAAUAACAAAAAAAAUGGAAAUGAGGUCUCUGCUGACACAGGCAAUGGUGACACUAUUGGUAACACGACCACUGAAAGCACCGCAGAUACUUAUCAAGUAAAUGGUACUCACAGGGAAAAGGCAAGUUAUAAUGGUGGUUUACAGAGAGAGAGUGUAGAUCAGCAGCAUGGAAGUGUUCUGAAAAAGCUUGUAUCUAUACCCAGCUUCAAGAGGAGUUCUUCCAUCAAUCAGAAGGAUGAGUCUCAGUUAAUACGGAUGAAACAGAAAUAUGAAUUGACUGAUUUGCCUCCAGAUGCUAGGCCUCUGCUAGUUUUCCUAAACAAGAAAAGUGGAGCUCAGCGAGGAGGUUCACUUAGGCAGCGAUUGAACAUUUUGUUAAAUCCUGUUCAGGUCUUUGAGUUGAGCUCAACAGAAGGACCCGAAAUAGGUCUUUAUCUAUUCAGAAGGGUCCCUCACUUCCGGAUUCUCAUUUGUGGAGGAGAUGGAACUGUUGGUUGGGUUUUAAAUGCUAUAGAUAAACAGAACUUUGUUUCACCCCCACCAGUAGCAAUACUUCCUGCUGGGACGGGAAAUGAUUUGGCUCGAGUUCUUUCCUGGGGAGGUGGCUUGGGUUCAGUUGAGAGGCAAGGAGGUCUUUGCACACUUUUGCAUGAUAUAGAACAAGCUGCAGUAACCAUCCUUGACCGUUGGAAAGUUUCAGUCUUAAAUCAACAGGGAGAGCUGCUUCAACCUCCAAAGUUCUUGAACAAUUACCUUGGUGUUGGUUGCGAUGCAAAGGUUGCAUUAGAAAUCCAUACUAUGAGGGAGGAAAACCCUGAAAAGUUUUACAAUCAGUUCAUGAACAAAGUUCUUUAUGCCAGAGAAGGCGCCAAGAGUAUCAUGGAUAGGACGUUUGUGGAUUUUCCAUGGCAAGUUCAUGUGGAGGUUGAUGGUGUUGAGAUUGAGGUUCCUGAGGAUGCAGAGGGUGUUCUUGUAGCUAAUAUAGGGAGCUACAUGGGCGGAGUAGACUUGUGGCAGAAUGAAGAUGAGAGCUAUGAUAAUCUUGAUCCUCAAUCCAUGCACGAUAAGAUGCUGGAGAUUGUUAGCAUUUCUGGUACCUGGCAUCUUGGGAAGCUGCAGGUGGGGCUUUCCAAAGCUCGGAGGCUUGCUCAAGGGCAAGUGAUAAAAAUUCAACUCUUUGCUGCAUUUCCUGUUCAAGUAGAUGGAGAACCUUGGAAUCAGCAACCCUGUACAUUGACGAUAACACAUCAUGGACAGGCCUUUAUGCUUAAGAGAGCAGCAGAAGAACCUCUGGGCCAUGCAGCAGCCAUAAUUGCAGAUGUGCUUGAGAAUGCUGAAUCCAAUCAAGUAAUUAAUACAUCACAGAAGCGGGCACUGCUUCAAGAAAUGGCAAUCAGACUGUCUUAGCUGUGAUUCUUACAAGAUUGGGCGCUGCUCUUUUAGUUUGCUACAGUCUCUGGGUAAGCAUUUGUGUCUGUAUUCCUGUAUAAAACUACAGGGGUUUGUCUUUGCUUCAUCACGUGGGUUUGUCUGUAUAUGUAAAAUAUCUAAAUUCUUGGAAUCCUUCUAGCUGAAGCUUGUUCAUAUAGCACUCCAGUGUAAAGACUUUAAAAUGAGGUAAAUUUUGCAGUGGUAUGAUUAAUUGUAGAUCACUUUUGAGGUUACCAA